AUGGAAGCCGAGAUCCAAGCUCAAAUCCCAAAUAUCGACCAUGUCCUGUCUGAAUAUUCCGUGGGAUACCUGAACCAUGCAUCCAAGCUCUACGUCUCAGAAGACGAUCCAUCUACUCAAUCACCACUGGGAGAAGCUCUUGAGACUGUGACAUCUCUGCUUGUCUCGGCUUCCGGGAACUUCUCUGACCAGAACGAAACAGCCAUCCGUAAUCUUGUUGAAAGAUUCAUUGCGCGACUAAGCGAGGCAAAUGGCAUCGAUCCCGAGCGGCGACAGAUGCCCUUCACGGCCAGGAAGCUUGAACAAACCAUCCAAGUCAGCUCGCAACGGAAUGUCUCUUCCACUUUGGGCUUGACUAGUGGUGCUGUUGACCUCGAGGCCACCAAUGCUCGUAAAGUCGAAUCCAAGGUCGACAGAAAGAAGCUCGAAAAAGCCGAGCGCAAGAUCCGAGCGAAGCAAGACAAGAAGGUUAUGAAGAAUGUCGAGUAUGAAGCAUCGAAACUGCUUAAUCAGCCAGACUCCACGCAAUCGUACGAAGAGUUCUUCAUGGCCGUCAAUCCUCUUCAGCUUGGCGCUGAUACUCAAUCGAAAAGCAAAGAUAUCAAGGUGGAAGGCAUCGAUGUGUCGAUUGGUGGAAAACGUAUCCUGACAGACACGUCUCUAACAUUGGCCUAUGGUCGGAGGUACGGUCUGGUGGGCCAGAACGGUAUUGGUAAAUCUACUCUUCUCCGGGCUCUGAGCCGCCGAGAAGUCGCCAUCCCCACUCAUAUCUCUAUCCUUCAUGUCGAGCAAGAGAUCACCGGAGACGAUACUCCUGCCCUUCAAGCAGUGCUCGAUGCCGACGUCUGGCGGAAGCACUUGCUAGCGGAGCAGGAGAAGAUCUCGAAGCAGCUCACAGCAUUGGAGACUGAGAGGUCAAAAUUAGCUGAUACUUCCAAGGAUGCCGGCCGUCUGGACAAAGAGAAGGACGGACUUGACAUUACACUGGGCGACAUUCAAGCCAAGUUAAGUGAGAUGGAGUCCGAUAAGGCGGAAUCUAGAGCUGCCAGUAUUCUUGCCGGUCUCGGUUUCUCGCCAGAACGGCAACAAUUCGCAACCAAGACCUUCUCUGGCGGUUGGCGGAUGAGGCUGGCCCUUGCACGAGCACUUUUCUGUGAGCCCGAUCUGCUGCUGCUCGACGAACCUUCCAACAUGUUGGAUGUCCCCUCGAUCACAUUUUUGUCCAACUACCUACAAACAUACCCUAGCACAGUAUUGGUGGUCUCACAUGACCGUGCAUUCCUGAAUGAAGUGGCAACUGAUAUCAUCCAUCAGCAUUCGGAGAGGUUGGAUUACUACAAAGGCGCCAAUUUCGAUGCCUUCUAUGCAACCAAGGAAGAACGAAGAAAGAACGCCAAACGCGAAUACGACAACCAAAUGGCACAACGAGCCCACUUGCAGGCCUUUAUUGACAAAUUCAGAUAUAAUGCUGCGAAGUCGUCGGAGGCGCAGUCGCGUAUCAAGAAGUUGGAAAAAAUGCCUGUCCUCGAACCACCUGAGGCUGAAUACACGGUCCAUUUCCGAUUCCCCGACGUCGAAAAGCUUUCCCCUCCGAUCAUCCAGAUGACGAAUGUCUCUUUCGGUUACAUAAAAGACAAGCCUUUACUUCGCAACGUCGAUCUGGACGUCCAACUUGAUUCAAGGAUUGGCAUUGUGGGCCCAAAUGGAGCGGGUAAAACAACAGUGUUGAAGCUGUUGAUUGGGCAGCUCCAACCUACGUCUGGCUUGAUAUCGCAGAACCCGCGUCUCCGCAUCGGCUUCUUUGCGCAGCACCACGUGGAUGCUCUGGACAUGAACACUUCCGCAGUAGGCUUCAUGCAAAAGACGUACCCGGGCAAGACUGACGAAGAAUAUCGACGGCAUCUUGGAGCCUUCGGCAUUACAGGGAUGACGGGAUUGCAAAAGCUUGAACUGUUGUCUGGCGGUCAGAAAUCUAGGGUGGCUUUUGCGUGUUUGUCCCUGACGAAUCCGCAUAUUCUAGUCCUGGACGAGCCGUCGAAUCAUCUCGACAUCGAAGCGAUGGAUGCUCUCUCGACAGCAUUGCGGCAAUUUCAGGGCGGUGUGCUCAUGGUGAGCCACGACGUGACGAUGCUUCAGAAUGUAUGUACCAGCCUAUGGGUCUGUGACCAGGGUAUUGUCGAGAAGUUCCCUGGAGACGUGAAUGCAUACAAGAAGAGGAUUUCCGCACAGGCCAACGAAGCCGGGGUGGUACAGGCGCAUUGA